CGAUCUUGUGCCACAACCGCGAGUCUUGUCCUCCUUCAUCAUCAGACUUGCCACCAGAUUAAUCUCCAAUAACAAUGUCUGAGGUUCCUCAGACAGACGUUUCUCGGCCAUCUGCCUUACCUACAGCCAGGCUUCUACAGCGCAAUGCAGUGCCGCUUGUUGAACAGAACUCGAGCGAUUACUUGGACGCCAUAGAGGAAGAAUGGAACAAGAAGGUGGACGUUGAGAUUGAGACACUUGUAGAUGGGAUGGUGGACCUUGUUGGCUUGGCUUCUAUUGGAGACAAGGAUAAGUUCCGAAUAGCGCAGGAAUCCUAUCAAGCGGAAUGCCGUGCUGAGUCGAUGAUACGAGCAGCACAUUCUCUGCUCUCCAUCAUUCACUCGAUGAAGCUGCUGCUCCUGCUGUCCGACGAGUCUCAGAUUGCGAACAGACGUGAUGCUGAGAUGCGGACCGUGCAAAGGGACAGAGAGGAGCUGCAAAAGCAAGUUUCGGUUAUACUUGACGAGUUACUUCAUCCUCCCAGCCAGCAGCAGGAUGACGACGCCAUGCACACGACAUAGCCGGAAGAGCCGUCUUCCGACAUUCUCCCUUUGCUGUCAUAUAUCGAGGUACCCCAUUGCUGCUGGCGACGACGGACUAUUGCGUCCAUAUCCCGUAUUUUGUUGUACAUUAGGCAUUCGUCGAAUAGAAUGAAACAUAUAUUGCUUUUCUUUUUCC